GUUCUCAGAUAAAUGCAUUCCAGCCCUGGUUUGUCACGAAGGAAAAAUAAAAACUUUUAAUACAGAUAAAUAGGAUACAAAUAAAACGGGAUGAGUGAGACUGCGGUAGAUGGAGAGGUGGAGGAGAGAAUGGUGGCCAACAACAAAAUCCACUUCUCCAAAGAGGUGAAGCAGGUCAUCGACAAGGUUCUCAAAACAGAUGAUCCAAUGGAUGCGCCGGAUUUCAAUACCGUAGACUACAUCAACCAGCUCUUUCCUAAUGAACAAUCGCUAGCCGGGAUUGAUGAGACCAUUCAAAAGAUGCAGUGUGAGGUGUCACUAAUUGACGACAAUAUCCGAUCUGUGGUUCGUGGUCAGACGAAUACCGGUCAGGAUGGUCAGUUGGCAUUGACUGAAGCCCAGAAAGUUAUUAGCUCCCUGUUCAGCCACAUCAUCGACGUAAAGACCCGGGCUGAGCGCACCGAGGAGAUGGUCAAGGAGAUUACUCGGGACAUUAAGCAACUAGAUUGCGCCAAGCGCAACCUCACCGCUGCGAUUACUUCGCUGAAUCACCUGCACAUGUUGGUGGGCGGAAUCGAAAGCCUAAACAAGCUGAUUGAACGUCGAUCCUAUGGGGAAAUCCUUAAUCCCUUGCAGGCUAUAACGGAAGUGAACCAGCACUUUCAGCAGUUCUCCGACAUUGAUGAAAUCAAGAAUCUCUCUCAGAGCGUGGACAAAAUACAGGUUACCCUAGCGCAACAAAUCACUGAAGAUUUCAAGGAAGCCUUCGCCUCGAAGCCUUCGGCACAAAACCAGCAUAGGUUGGGACUUAAUCAGCUGGCAGACGCCUGCAAAGUGAUGUCUGUGCUGGAUCCAAAGGUGAAGAAAGAGCUGCUUAAAUGGUUUAUUGCUCAACAGUUGGAGGAGUACACCCACUUGUUCCAUGAGAACCAGGAUAUUGCCUGGUUGGACAAGAUCGACAAACGUUACGCUUGGCUUAAGCGUCAUUUGUUGGACUUUGAGGACAAGUAUGGGCCGGUAUUUCCCCUUGAUUGGGAGGUCUCAGAGCGAAUUACAGUCGAGUUUUGCCGACAGACGCGUGAACAGCUAGCACAGAUAAUGGCCAAACGCACCAACGAGAUCGAUGUAAGACUACUUUUGUUCGCCAUUAACAAGACGCAGGCUUUCGAGCAGCUACUCUCCAAACGCUUCACGGGAAUAACUCUUGGAGCCAAGCCCACGGAGCAAGCAAGAGUCCUUACAGAGCCGACGACAACGGAAACUGCUCUGGCCAUAACAGUCUUUCACGACCAAAUCGGACAAUGCUUUAAGUCGCACCUGGACAUAUACAUACGUAGCAUUGACCGGAAUCUUUCAGAGUUAAUGGAUAAGUUCGUGGAGAUGUCUCGGGAACCGUAUAAGUUUGCCGAGGCCAAGACUACCGUAUACCCAAGUUCGGGCGAUCUUUUCGUCUUUUAUAAAAAGUGCAUGGUACAGUGCAACCAGCUAAGCAACGAGCAGCCCAUGUACGAUCUCGCCCUUGUGUUCAAAAAAUAUCUGCGGGAAUACGCUUCCAAAGUGCUCGAGGGUAGCACACCGAAGCUGGUGCCAGCCACCACUGGUAGCUCCAUCGGCAAGAGCGUUUCAUUGCUAACGCGAGACAUGCAGAAUUUGUCCACUGCCGCUGGCCAGGUGUUCCAUAACUUUCUCAAGGAGGGCGACACUCAACGUUUCUCAAGAGAUGACUUAGUGCGCAUCUGCUGCGUUUUGACCACCGGUGAGUACUGCCUAGAGACUGUUCAGCAACUAGAGGAUAAGCUGAAGGAGAAGGUGACGUCUGCCUAUGUGAGUAAGAUUGAUAUGAGCGAGGAAAAGGAUGUGUUUCAUCGGAUCAUAUCCAACUGCAUCCAGCUUCUGGUCCAGGAUCUUGAAGCUGGCUGCGAGGCCUCGCUGCAGGCGAUGGCCAAGGUGCAGUGGCAGCAUAUUAAUAACGUGGGCGAUCAGAGCGCCUUCAUCAGCAGUCUCUGCGGAAAUUUCAAGCAGACAGUGCCAACUAUUAGAGACACACUAGCAAGUUCGCGCAAAUACUUCACGCAGUUUUGCCAUCGCUUCGUGGCUGCUUUUAUACCGAAGUUCAUCAACGUCCUGUACCGCUGUAAACUUACGCUUUCGGAUGGAUCCAAUAAUGUACUUGGCUGUGAGCAGCUUCUUUUGGACACCCAUUCUCUGAAGACGGCACUUUUAGAGCUACCUUCGGUGGGAUCGAGCGUAAACCGAAAGGCCCCGACUAGCUACACAAAGGUAGUGGUUAAGGACAUGACGCGGGCCGAGAUGAUCAUCAAAGUGGUGAUGACACCAGUCCAACCGCCAGCGCACUUCACCCAGCAAGUACUUAAACUUCUUCCCGACAUCACCAUUGCCGAAUACCAAAAAAUUCUGGAUAUGAAAGCGGUCAAGCGGGUGGAUCAGCUGCAGUUGAUCGAUCUGUUCAAGCACACGGCUUCAGCAGCGGCUGUUAGUGGCCUAAUAGAGGCAACUGCUGGAGAUGAAGAUAUCAAAGCAACCGAUACUACAGCCGUAUCAUCCGUGACGACGGACGACGCUGAACCUUCCACAGGAGCAACUGAUUCCAGCACAGUGGUAGCGACAACGGCAUCUUCUUCCACACCCAAACGAGCCUUUAUUUUCAGCGUAGGAAGCUUUACAGGUAGUGCAGAUAAAAACGCCGAUGGCAGCUCCCAGACGGGCAUCCGGAAGCUGGAGAAUCUCCUAAAAAAGCGUUUUCCAUAGGGCAAACUAUAUUCACCAAUCAUUCCACUGAGUUCGCUUUAGUUUACAAUAUUCGUGAAUGCUUGUUUAUUUAUUUAUUAAGUCUAUUUGGUUUAAAUGGUCUACUAGGUUUGUAGACAAAAAAUUACAGAAUUAACUCUGUAGUUAUGUAUUAUUUUCAAUCCAUCCAAUUUUAAAUAAAUACCAGACUUAUUUUCAAU